UGAGGUGGUCUCCUGCAGCUGAUCCUCCUGAAGUGCCUUCAGAAUGAAUAUCCAUGGUCUUUUCUUCUCCUGCUGCUUCUUCUCAGUGCUGUGUAACGGUGAGCCUGCCAGGGCAGAAACAGUCAUUCAGGCAGAAGGAGGCAGUGUCACAGUGGAGUGCUCCUUCUCUUUCUCUGGAAGAACAAAGUUUCUCUGUAAGGACAAAUGUGAAGACGUUCUCAUUGAAACCGAAGCCAGCACAGCUCAGAGGGGCAGAUACAGCAUCAGGUACAAAGAGGGAACUUUUCCGGUGUCGUCGACAGUUCUGCGCGUGAGCGUCACACAGCUGGCAAAGUCUGACUCUGGACGAUACUCGUGUGGUUUGAAACGGCCUUUCUUACCGGAUUCCCAUCAGGAGUUUGAACUCAGAGUCACAGAUGCCCUGAAGAGUUUCCCUGAGACAGUGAAGCAGGUCGAACCGCAGCGGACCGACGAAGCAGCUCAAGGUCUCGAGUUCAAAGGUCACCUCCUGCCUCUGAUUGUAUGUGUGGUUGUGCUGUUUGCAGCUGUCAUGCUGCUCUUCUAUAAAUGGAUGCGAAUAAAGAAUCCUGAUGGUUUGACCACCAGGAAACUGUCAGUCAGCAGGGACAUAAGCAGAAACAUGGAGGUGAAUUAA